UCACCAAAAUUUUGUCUUUACUCUUUACCUUCUUCAGUGUUUCGCGAUAAAAAUACUCGUAAAAAUUCACAAAAAUCGCGUUUAUUUCUCAUCCAAGUUAAUUCUCUCGUAAAUUAUUCAAUAAUGUAAUCGUUCAUGUAACUCUUUCAAUGUACAAGGUGAUUUCACACCGUUGGAUUUGUUUCCAUUCGCCGGAUUGUUCAGAAAUGUAAUAUCUCGUCAUUUUACCAUUGUAAGGCGAUCUAAUGUAUCCAGGAUUCUUCAAAGGAAUGUCUGGUGGCAAAGGUGGCUCUGCGAAGGAGCAAAAGUCUCAGCAUAAAUCCAAUCGAAACUCAAAUGCAUCAGAUACUUCAUUACCAAACGAAGAAUUCAUCGAUUUGAAAAAUACUCUCGUUCAGUGCAAAAAAUCACUCAAAAAUUUCAGCAGAGUGAUUUUCUACGCUUCCACUUGUAGUCAGAGUUCUGGUAUUAAACGGAUUCAUGUUGGAUUAGGUGAAGUUUUGGAUAGUUUGAAAAUCAUUCUGGAAAAGUAUCCCGCCUUAGCUACCCCCGAAGUGUUUGCUUCGGUUCAAAUGCUCAUCAACUAUGUACAAUCGAGACAAAAUUCGAGAAUAUGUGUUGUCGAAGGUGAUCGUUUGAUUAAUCAGUUAGCUUUGUAUUUUACCAAAAGUGCUUCUCAAUAUGUUCUUCAAAUGAGAGAUUUAAAGAAUUCGGAUAAAAUACAGGGUCUUAAAGCUUUGAACUCCAGUUCGAUAUUCGGAAUUGAGUUGGAGAAACACGUACACGCUAGUAAAUUCGAUGUACCAUUUAUCGUUACCAAAUGCAUCAAAGAAGUCGAAACGCACGGACUUCAUCUCAAAGGUAUUUACAGAGUAUCUGCAGUCAAAUCCAAAGUUCACCAGCUAUGCGAAGCGUUCGAGAAACACGGUAGUAACGUCAUUCUGACAGAUAUCAAUCCAAAUAUCAUAGCAAAUGUACUCAAAUUAUACUUACGAGAGUUACCUCAACCUUUAUUCACCUUCGAUCUUUAUCCAGAAUUUAUUAGGGUUGCUAAACUAUACGAAGCUGAUUCGAGCGAGAAAAACAAACUCCACUGCAUCGAAGAGUUACGUAAAAUAUUAACCAAGUUACCAAAACCGUAUUACGCAGCUGCAUCGACAGUUAUGCAGCAUUUACACAGAAUCUCCAACGAAUCCACCGUCAACAACAUGUCAGCCUACAAUUUAGCAGUGAUUUUCGGACCUACGUUGUUACAUUAUUUAAAAGAUACUUCCGAAUCGACUCCCGGAGCUGCCUUAUUUGAUAGUAUUCACCAAAUCCGAGCUAUCGAGCUAAUGAUCACUUGGGCUGAUACUUUGUUCGGAGUUAAUUAAACGUCUAGUCUGAUGAGAUCAAUUUAACUAGUCUUCCUUGCCAAAGGCAUAUCCCACCUGUACUCACCGAUGUAUUUAUCACGGUUUUUUUUUCUUUUUAAAUUAGAUUAACCUUUAUUUUGAUGUUUUUUAAAAAUUGUUUGUAAAGUUUUAUAGUUUAAGAGUAAUACGUAUUUCGUAUAUUCAAACUGUUGCCAACGAGAGCUUUGACAAGAUUAUGAUGCUGAGGAACAGAUCGUCGUUUCUUGUAAUUUUUAUGUAUUUUUAUAUUUUUAAAACAUUUGUCAUAUGUUAGACGGUUUUUUUGACAGUUCAAUAAAAUAGUUUUAUUUUA